ACAAGAUGCUGGCCUCUGCCCGGCGGUCCAUGUACACGCCGUCGGCCUUUCGCGAGGUGGGCACGGCGCGCGUGCACGAGAUCCUCGCUCGCUACCCGUUCGCGACGCUCCUCGUGCCGCAGGCUGACGGCGAGAGCCCGCUCGUGAGCCACAUCCCGCUGCUGCACGCAGACAACGAGCUCCACGGACACGUCGCCAAGGUCAACGCCAUCGCGCGCCUCGAGGGCAGCGUGCGCGCGCUCGCCAUCUUCCAUGGCCCGAACGCGUACGUCUCGCCGUCAUGGUACGAGACCAAGCAGGCCACGGGCAAAGCCGUGCCGACGUGGAACUACAUUGCGGUGCAUGUCCACGGGUCGCUGCGCGUCGAGAAGGACCGCGACUGGAUUCUGCAAAACGUGAGCGCGCUCUCGGACACGCACGAGGCGGCGAUGGAGGCGCCGUGGCGCGUGGACGACGCGCCGACCGCGUACAUCGACACGCUGCUUCGGAGCAUCGUCGGGCUGCGUCUCUCGAUCGACUCGAUCGAGAGCCAAUUCAAGCUCAGCCAAAACAAACAGGCCGGCGACUUUUCGGCGUCAUCGACGGGCUGCGAUCGACGCCCAACCACGCCGGCGGCAACGACGUCGCAGCGUGGAUGGAGCGCGUUAAAGACGAGAUCCGCAAGUAGCUUCUUCCUCGCAACACUUAAAAACACGAUUUGAACACUGUUUACAAG